AUGGAAGACGUGUUAUCCCGGGCCUGGGAGCAAGUGAAGUGGGAAGAAGACGUCGCUAGCCGCGCUAAGGCCCAGCCGAAGCAGGACCAAAAGUCGGGCCGAUCGGAUCAAGGAAAUCUGGAUGAAAGAUCCUCCCAAAGAGCGACCAAGGACUCCGGGAACAGAAACCGGGGUAGGUUCCAGUACCGACCCCUAGAAAAGGAAGAAGGAAUGUCAGUAUCCACUUGGCCCGACAUCUCCCAUCUCUCGAUAUCCACACCGGAGCUAGUCAAUGUCUUGAGGAAGAUGGGCCAACAUGUCAAGUGGCCUCAAAAGAUGAAGGCACCUGACUCGUUCCGGAACCCUGGCCUCUGGUGCGCUUUCCAUUGCGACCACGGUCACGAAACUGGAGACUGCGUCGCUCUAAGGAUCGAGGUCAAUGAACUACUCCAAAAAGGGCAUCUAAAUAAAGAGGUGCCUGCGAAGUCCGCUGGAGCUAUACCCGCCUCACCACCUCGCCAGGACAGAGUGAUCCAUGUCAUAUCCAGAGGUUCAGAGAUAAGCGGCGUGAGUCAUGCAGCUGCCAAGAAAAGCACCCGCAACGCCAAGCACGGCCUGGAGACUACCAAACCAAAGCACUUGCUUCUAGGUACCGACGAAAUAAGCUUCACGGCUAAGGAGCAGGAGAAGAUCCUGGCUCCCCACCACGAUGCCCUGGUCAUCUCGCUCACCGUAGCAAACUGCUUGGUAAAACGAAUACUAGUGGACAAUGGUAGCUCCAGCAACAUCAUGUUCCAGACUUCUUACCAGGACCUAAGGCCGGAGGAGAGCGCCCUGACGCGCAAAAUAACUCCACUCAUCAGAUUCAGCGGCGAAGUCAAGCAAACAGCCGGAGAGGUCAUUCUCCCAGUGUACGCUGAAGGGAUCAACAUGUCUACCAAGUUCCUGGUCGUCGACAGUCAAUCAGCAUACAACAUGAUCCUAGGAAGACCCUGGAUUCACGACAUGGGAGCAGUCCCUUCAACCCUUCAUCAAAUGGUGAAAUUCCCUACACCCUGGGGCAUCAGAAUAAUCAAAGGAGAUCAGGAGAUUUCUCGAUCCUGCUACCAGACCACCUUAAAGGGAAAGACCAAGGUCUUAUAG